AUGACUUACUUAGCUGUAAAGAGAUUAGCUUCUACAGUAAAACGACUAAAAGCUGAGAAACUUUAUGAUGCUUAUGGAGAAGUUUUUAGUGAAUGGGAACAAGAAGGCAUCAUAGAAGAAGUACCAAAAAGCGAAAUUGAUGUAACAUGCCAUUAUCUACCACAUCGACACGUAGUAAAAGAAAACAGUACUACACGAAUCAGGCCAGUGUUUGAUGCCUCGGCCAAACAAAAAGGAUCCCCUAGUCUCAAUGAUUGUCUAGAAAAAGAAUUGCAACAAUUCAUACAAGUUGCUUCAGAUACUUUAGCUACAAGAAAGCUAGAAUUACGUGGUUGGGAAUAUAGUGACCCAACAGAUAAUUCCUCUAGUACCACAAAUGUAUUAGGAAUGAUUUGGGAACGAUGUGGAGAUUACCUUUGCCUUAAUAUUACUAACAUCACCUACAGUCUACCAGAAAUUUUGUCUAAAAGAGAGAUUUUAGCUACUACACACAAAAUAUUCGACCCUUUAGGAAUAGCUUGCCCCGUAACUCUUGUGCCGAAACUUUUACUUCAGCACCUAUGGGAAGUUAAGUUAUCUUGGGACCAAGAAGUUGAUUCAAAUUCAAAAUCACAAUUUUGUAAAUGGUUGAAUGAUUUGCAGUGUCUGGAAAGAAUGAGAAUACCAAGAUGGUUAAACUGUGAUCGUGAGAUUGAAAAUAUCUCACUUCAUUUCUUCAGUGAUGCGAGUAAACUUGCAUAUUCAGCUGUGGCCUUUGUUCGAGUACAAACAAGAGAUUCGGUUCAAGUUCAUUUGGUGCAAGCUAAAGCGAGAGUUGCACCCAGCGGAAGGAAAAAGACAACAAUAGCUCGAUUGGAACUUCUUGGAGCUACAAUAUGUGCACGUUUAGCAUCCAGCAUAAUACCUGAAUUUCAAGCUGAUGAUAUUUAUUUUUGGACAGAUUCGUCUACUGUGCUAGCUUGGAUACAGAGAAAUGAAGUAUGGGACGUAUUUGUUCACAACAGAAUUAAGGAAAUAAAGCAACUGACUUCUAUUGAAUCCUGGAGGCACGUACCAGGAUCACUGAAUCCUGCUGAUUUGCCCAGUAGAGGAUGCUCUGCUUCUUAUUUAAUUAAAUCCAGAUGGUGGGAAGGACCUAAAUGGCUAUAUUUAUCACCUGAAAAAUGGCCAAAAGAAGAUUUUAGUGCUGAUGAAGAAGAAAUAGCUCUUGAGAAAAAGAAAAGGAUUAUUUCGUCCUUAAUAAAUCUUAAUGCUAGUGAAAUAGUUGCUACUAGAUUCUCAAGUUAUCGUAAGACAAUCAGACUGGUAGCGUGGAUGUGUCGUUUUGUUUACAACUGUAAACAUCAAAACAAGAAAAAGGAUGAACUUACUGUAUCUGAGUUAAAUGAAGCAGAGAAUAUCUUGAUUCGUUUAAUACAAAAUGAGUCCUUUAAUGGAAUAGAAGAUAAACGGAUUUUAAGUCUUAAUCCAUUCAUUGAUUGUGGGAUCAUCAGAACUAAAACAGCAAUAUUUCAAAGAGAAGAUACAUCUGAGUUCAGAACUCCUGCUAUUUUGCCAAGUGAUCAUCCUCUUAUACGAAGUGCAAAAUGGAGAAGUCAUAAGAGCUGUACAAAAUCUUUAUCCUUUGGAAUUAUCGACUGCCGAGGAACUUCCAUCGAAAUUCAGCGGAAGUCAACCAUGCGAAAAUAUUUCGGUAGAGCAAACUCCAAUUGA